AUGAACACAUUCAGAGUUAGUCCAGAACUUGCUAUGGACUUAACAAACAGCAUUCGUGAUUCACUUCAACGUGAACGUAGUUCAGGACUUCCAGUUGAAAUUCAAGUUUUAGUAGUGGUGAACUUCUAUGCAAAAGGUAGUUACCAACGAGCUACAGGAGAUAAUUUUAUUGCAAAUGUUAGUCAGUCCUCGGUCAGCAGAUGCAUACAUAGUGUAACCAAUGCUAUAAAUCAAAAACUAUUGAGGCGUUGGGUUCGUUUUCCAAUGACAGCAAUUGAAAGGGACAGGGCUCGAGAAAAGUUUUCAAAUGCCCCACAAGCUUUUGAAGGUUCUAUUGGUGCUAUUGACUGCACACAUAUAAAUAUUCUUGCCCCAAAGAAUCAUGAAGAAGCAUACGUGAAUCAUCAUGGGAACCAUUCUCUAAAUGUUCAAGCGGUAGUUGAUCCAGAGUUAAAAAUAUUAAAUAUUAACGCCAGAUUCCCAGGUGCAAGAAAUGAUUCUUACAUAUGGAGUGUUUCUCCUAUACGGAGGGCUAUAGAAUUUCAUUACAAUAGGGGUGAAAGAUACACAUGGUUAAUUGGUGAUGCUGGUUAUCCUCUUGAGCCUUGGCUUUUAACACCAAUAACGCGUUAUCCAGAAGGGACACGACAGUAUCAAUAUACAAAAAACACUGCAAAGCCAGAAACAUUGUAG